AUGGAAGUGAUGAGCCAAAGCUUUAGACAGUCUAUUCUACGCCAGAACCUCCUUUGUGUCAAUCAUGGGCAAGACUACAUCUCCUGUAAGAAGAUUAAUUCUCUUAUGAGCGCCUACCAUAUCCUGUAUGACGCAGUGCAUGAAGCCAACAAUUUCUACUCCGACCAGCUUCUGGUGUCUACCUUUUGUUCAUCCAGCAUCCUCACUGAGUGCUUAUACUUCUUCUUAGUCGAUUGUAUGACAGGAUACAAUAUAGGAAUGAUCUCCAUUGGAUCAUGGAUCAUUCUAAAUGCAAUUUUUCUUAUGUUGGUCGCUCUGUCAGGCUCUAACGUCACUGAGGCGGCCGGCGAGACUACAUCGCUCAUCCGGAAGCUGAUCAGUCAGGACGUGAGCUCGGAAACGAGAGAACACUUAAAGUCGUUUUUGCUGCAGUUGUUCAAUAAAGACGUGGGAUUUUCUGCAAGUGGAUUUUUCCAAAUCAAUAGACACAUUCUGACUUCUAUUGCAGCAGCUGUUACUACCUACUUGGUGAUCAUAAUUCAGUUUGAUACUUAA